GAAAUGACGCUGUGGGUGGGGAAGGGGGGGGGGGGGGGUACUUACCCGUCACCACGACUAAAAGGGCGAGCGCGCCGGACCCCGGCAAGUAAGAUUUGUUGACAUGACAAGCAUGCAGCAGGAGGGGCUGGAGGCGGAGUCUGUCCCAGAACUGGCCACACAGUUCGGGAAGGGCGAGCUGUCCUACGACCGAGGCCUCUCCCUGGCAACUGAUCAGAGCGCCUCCUCCACGCCAGUCAGAAGGUCUCUGAGCUUCCGGACCAUGCAGACCAAAGUCACCCUGCUGGAUGGCUCCGUUUUCAGCUGCACGUUGGAGAAACGUGCUCGUGGUCUUCAGCUGUUGGACAAGGUCUGCGAGCAUGUCAACCUGCUGGAGCGAGACUACUUUGCCUUGUCGUUCAAAGACGUCGACAACAACAAGAACUGGUUGGAUCCCGGGAAGGAGAUGAAGAAACAGCUCCGAGGCGUCCCGUGGAAUUUCUCCUUCAAUGUCAAGUUUUACCCCCCUGACCCUGCCCAGCUCUCUGAGGACAUCACCAGGUACUUCCUGUGCCUGCAGCUCAGGCAGGACGUGGCCUCGGGCCGACUCCCGUGUUCCUUGGCCACUCACGCCGUCCUGGGCUCCUACACCGUCCAGUCGGAGCUGGGGGACUACGACGCGGAUGAAUGUGGCUCCGACUACGUGAGCGAGCUUUGCUUGGCUCCCAACCAAAGCAAGGAAUUGGAGGAGAAGAUCAUGGAGCUCCACAAGAGUUGCAGAGGAAUGACACCGGCUGAAGCCGAGAUGCUUUUCCUGGAAACUGUCAAGAAACUUUCCAUGUAUGGAGUUGACCUUCAUCACGCCAGGGACUCUGAAGACGUUGCCAUCAUGCUGGGCGUGUGCGCUGGCGGCCUGCUGGUCUACAGGGACCGGCUGAGAAUCAACAGGUUUUCAUGGCCAAAGAUCCUCAAGAUCUCCUACAAAAGAAACAAUUUCUACAUCAAGAUCCGCCCCGAAGAGUUUGAACAGUUUGAAUCGACCAUCGCCUUCAAGUUGCUCAACCACAGGGCGGCCAAAAGAUUGUGGAAGGUUUGUGUGGAGCAUCACUCCUUCUUCAGACUCAUCUCUCCAGAAGAACCUCCCAAACGUUUUCUCACUCUCGGUUCCAAGUUCCACUACAGCGGUCGCACUCAAAUCCAGAGCCGCAGGGCCAGUUCUCAAAUUUGCAGACCCGCGCCCAAUUUCCCACGAUGCGUCAGCAAGAGGAACUUGCUGAGUCGCAGCCUGGAUGGAGCGCCAAGUGACACGGCCACAUCCUCUCUCAAUGGCUCUCCAGCCAUCACUGGAAGCGCAUAUGCAGACAUGGGAACAGGCCUGUACAUGGUGUCCAAAGCUAUCACUGUCAGUGACCUCAUCACCACGGUGACGCCCGAGAAGAGGAGGGAGGAGCAUAUUGACGAAGCAACCAAUCAGGAGGGAGCGUUUCGAUCAAUUGAGGAGGUGCAGGUGAAGGUUGAGCACAAGGUAGAGCAGCAAGAAGCUGAGCAAGAAGCUAAGCAACAAGCUGAGCUAGAAGUUGCGCAAGAAGCUGAGCAAGAAGCUGAGCAAGAACCUGAGCACGAAGCUGAGCACGAAGCUGAGCAAGAACCUGAGCAAGAACCUGAGCAAGAGGCGGAGGAGAGCAAAGUAACGGAGGCAUCGGAAAGUCCACUAACUCCCGAGCAAGUCGAAGACAAACUUGAAAAUACAGAGCUGACAGAGACGGUGGAUGGAGACCUGACAGGAACUGAGUCCGAGCAAGAAGAUUUGUUUAAAAGCAGUCAGGAAAUCAUCUCAAGCCCGGUGAAGGCUGAGAAGAAGGUGAGCGCCAUCAGUGACCUGCGGCGCUCUUUCUUAGAGGGAGGGGCGCCAAAGGUAGGGCUGAGCGAGUGGGACAAGCGCUUGGCGGGUUCGCCUGUUCGACGACUUGAUGACUCGCCGAUGAUUGAACCUUUGGAAGCGGACGAGCCGCCCCCGUUGGAUGAAAUGUCUCCUGAGCUGAACGCUUUGCUCAAGUCGGCCCAGAAGGCAAAAACCUUCAGAGAGGAAAAUGUCCUGCAGACUUCAGAGCGGGUCCAUACCAUCAUGGUGGUGUCGGGGGAGGAGGAGAAGGAGUCAUUGUGGCAGAAGCGAGCGGACGCAGACGGCGAUCUCCGACUGGCACUGCCGCUGACUUCGCAGAGCUUCACCGUAGAGUCGUCCAGUACCACCCACGUUACCAAGAUGAUAAAUCGAGGGAUUUCGGAAAGCAGGAUCGAGAAGAGAAUCGUGAUUUCCGGAGAUACGGGGUUGGACUGCGAUCAGGAAGCUUAAAGACCUGAACGACACCAUGAAACCAAAUCCAACAUUGACUCCGUACCGCAGCUAGACCUCAUGCCCUCGUAGCUAGCAGACAAGUCGACUGAAGUAUUUGAGCAACUUUUACUCUGCCAUGUUGAUUACUCGGGCCCAAAUCUGUCACCAUUUUAGGUUCACCGCAUGAAUUCAAAUGGCUCACUCAUUCAGUCCUCGCCGUCUGGAUUGAACUUUAAAUUAAAAAAAAGGAGGGUUGCUAUACGAACUAUUUAAUAUGGCAGUUUGGCGAGAUAGUGUUGACAACGCACCAGCCCAUCCAUCCCAUUUACUUUCAGCAAGUCCUUCAGUCUGCAGUAGUGAUGCUAGCAUGCUAAACAUGCUGUUUAUUUGCUUAGAGGCUUAACAUUUGUUGACUUUACGACACUUUUACCCCUUAAGCACGUCAAUACUUGUGAAGACAUCGUUUGGUUGUAUUCUGCCUCAUUAUUUUGACACUUUCCCACAUAUGUUGUCCUCGUCUCUAUUAUUUAUUAUCCCUAAAAGCACCUGCUCUGUAAAAUGACAUCACAACCAAGACUUGACUGGCAUAAAUAAAUCAC